UCAUCCACUUUAGAGAAUUAGCUUCCGCAGAUCUCACCGCUUUGGGAUCGAAUGAGCCUCCCCCUUGCCGAUUCUCUGUUGACAUCGGCUUGGGAGACACACACACACUCUCUGCCUCUCUCUAUAGGAGACGACUCGACCUGGUCAUCGUGUAGAAGUAGUGACGACGACAUUGAACCUCGUCUUUCUCUUGAACCAGUCCGCCAUGUCCAAAUUGUUUCGUAGAUCCACCUCAUCCGUAUCGGUCCAGCAACAAGCUCUCGGAAAGGGUUCGGCCCCGGAUGACGAUUCUUCGACGGCCGAGCGCAAGAUGUCCAAGUCUCUCUCGAUGAGGUUUGGGAAUAAGAGAAGAACGUCUAAUGGCUCGCUCGUCGGCACGGGAGAGGUGGUCGAGGGUGACAACGAGUCACGAAAGUCCGGCUCGAAACGACGGCUCUCGUCGAUCUUCAAACCCUCUAGUUCCAGUAGAGGACGUGAAGGAUCCGUGGCCAGUAUGGACGAUCGAUCUUCCCUAGCUUCAGUGGACCCGUCAAUCACAAACAGUGGGAAACUGUCAACUUCGACGCACAGGCCUCCUCCGGCUCCGUCCAGCGGUCUGGGCACACCCACCAGGAUCGGCACGAAGACGCCCGUCGAACGUAGAGAUGUCGUCGCAAACGGCAAUUCGUCACGGGAAGGCGUCUCCCCGACCGCAGUCGAGGCCAGAUUACAGACCAUGUCACUAUCAGCGAACACCUCGCCGGUCGCGCUUGCCACCCCUGUCUCCUCUAUGGGCUUAUCCCCUUUGACGACUGAGCCUGAAUCAAUAUCCACAAUCAUCUCGCCGGUAGCAUCUCCUGUAAAAGCGACCUCGUCGAAUGGCUCCCCCUCGAAUGGAGGAUCCAAGCCGAGGAACCGGUCCGACUCGGUCUACAGUCAGUGGAGUUACGACUUUGGGGAUGAGAGCGACAGUGACGGGGAGGUAUACGGAACUCCGGCUGAAGGCUUAAGCGAGGUCGAAGAAGAAGACGAGGAGGAAGAUGUUGCACGACCUGCGAACAUAACACGCUCGGAUGUGCCCGCUAGUACAAAGCCAAGAGAAGAAGCGAUACCGAGCGAAGCAUUCUUGCCUGAACCUUCAACGCAAUCCGCCAACGUCUCGCCUCCAGCUUAUCAUGACCUGAGGAGACAAUCCAGCUCUGCCGUGAUCCAAAGGGCUACAGUCGAAACGCAACCCGAUAUGAAGACCGGACACAAGAUACAAGCGCACAACCCUUCCGCCUAUACCGACCUUGACCAAAACGCCGUACUGCAACCCGAUAUCCAGAAAUGCAAGCAGAUCAUUCACCUCUUCCUCACGUCUCGGAUGAAAGAGGCCGAGGCCUUGUGCCAAGAAUCGGACCCCGAUGGCGUACACAUGUACAUCGGGAACGCUUCAGCCGUCAUGCAGGCUAUCAAAGCGAUGAUGACUUUCGAUGGCGAAGAUCUCAAGGCGGCGUUGGAGAUCGCAAAGACCACUUCGGCGCUCUCGAACAGCUUGAGAAAGCCGGCGGGGUCGUUGACCGGUCGUCUGGCAGGCUUCGUACGGGAUCGAAGCGGGAUCGCGCACGUGAAGUCGAUGACGCUCGUAGAGAAACAUGCCGAAUUAGUCUUUGCGGAAACGCUUCUCAUCAAGGCCGUUUUGGGUAUCGUCGCAGGCGGCGACUGGGUCGGGUUGAUUAAAGAGGCGCUCAACAUGCGAACGGCGUACGGUAUCUAUCGUACGCUCCAGUUGUACCUUGAAACCGGCAAUGAUCCCACGCUGGAUCAGCAUUUCAAGUCCGGUGUCCAGUUGGGUAGCGGAUUGAGCUCUCUAAUGCUCAGUCUCUUGCCUAGCAAGGUAAUGAAGGUGGCCGAACUGCUCGGUUACGCAGGCGAUCGCAAGACAGCUCUGGCUACAUUGAUGGCAGCUGGUGGAUGGUCAGCGGAUCGAAAAGAGCCCGCUAUCUCGGCUGAGGAGGACGGUCUACGAAGAGCUAUCUGCGACAUGGGGAUUCUUACAUUCCAUCUGGUCAUCUCAUUCCUGAUGCCUGUCGCAGGGGUAGACGUGCAUUUAGCCCAGAACGUGCUCAAUUUCAACAUGGAGAGAUUCCCUGACGGAAUCUUUUUCAUGUACUUCCACUCGAGGUUGCUCACGCUUCAGGCACAGCCAGAGAAGGCCAAUGAUGUGCUGCAAAAGGCGCUAAAUAUGCCGCUGGAGUAUGUUCAGCUUCAACAUAUCUGUCUUUGGGACAUGGGGGUGAACAACCUUAUGAUGAGCCAUUUCAAGCGAUCGCGCGGUUGUUUCAAAAUCUUGGCAAACGAGAGUUCUUGGAGUAAAGCCACCUAUAUGUACUCCGAAGCUGCUUGUCUGGCCGAGCUGAGCUCAAGCGACGAAUCGUUCAACGAGCACGAGACUCUGUCAAACAUCAUGCUCGAAGUACCAAAGAACAUGAAGAGGAUCGCCGGAAAGUCCCUUCCGGUCGAGAAAUUUGUCUCGCGGAAAGCCCGAAAAUUCAUUUCUCAGGGUAACCGAUUGAUGCUGCCUGCCAUCGAGCUUGGAUACUUCUUUGGAGCUUUGCCCAACACACCGCCGCGCAUCUUGUACAACAAAGUCAUACCUCGGAUCGAGCAACAGCUGAAAAAGGUCAUGGCUAGCGACGAGCAAAACUACGAGGGUGGAAUAGGGUACUGGGAUGAUUAUUGUCUGGCACACUUCCUACUUGGAACUGCCUAUUCCUUCGCUGCAUACCCGCACGAGGAGGCCAUCAUUGCGGCUGAUGACGAAAAGACGUAUAGCAUGACAUCAAAAGAAGCAAGUCAGAAAUCCAGCGCCGCUCUACAGGCAGCACUCAAUAGCAGUUCCAAAAUCACACUUGAUCACUGGAUCCCCUAUUUUACCCACUAUGAGCUGGCCCGACUCUGCUCACAGCAAUCCGAUCAGGAGCAGGCCAAGCACCACCUCGGCCUGAUUCUUUCUGGCAAACCUUUGGAGACUGCACCUACCGGCAAGGAUCACGGUAAAUACAGCCUAGAGAACGCUCUGAUGAUCAAGGCAUACGCCGGGAUGCAAACACUCAGAGAGAACGCCAGCGCGAAAAUGCACUAGACGACCGUUCGUUCCAAGGAUAGACAAAGAUACCCCGAUCCACAGGCUACAAGCCGAAUAAUGUAUAACCUUGACUUUCCGAUGCCAUGCAGAAUACAAUGUAGA